AUGUCUCAGAAUCCAAGCACGGGCGUUCAGCCUCAAAAUGUAGAACUCUCCGCGUCGUCGGUGAGCGGUGAUGCUGCCAUGAGCCCGACCGCGGGUAUCCUCAAACAAGCUACCAUUAUGGAUGAAGGCAACCGACCUAUUUAUCUCGAUAUGCAAGCAACCACGCCCACAGACCCCCGCGUUCUUGACGCCAUGCUUCCUUUCCUCACCGGCCUAUACGGCAACCCUCACUCGAGAACACACGCGUAUGGGUGGGAGACAGAAAAGGCCGUCGAGGACGCUCGCGCUCAUGUAGCAAGCCUUAUCGGAGCUGAUCCCAAGGAAAUCAUAUUCACAAGUGGAGCGACCGAAAGUAAUAAUAUGAGCAUCAAGGGUGUCGCUCGAUUUUUCGGACGGUCGGGAAAGAAGAAGCAUAUCAUCACAACCCAAACUGAGCACAAGUGUGUGUUGGAUAGCUGUCGUCAUUUGCAAGAUGAAGGGUUCGAUGUGACCUACUUGCCUGUUCAGAACAAUGGUCUUAUUAGGAUUGAGGACCUCAAGGCCGCCAUCCGUCCAGACACGGCUAUCGUGUCAGUCAUGACCGUCAAUAACGAAAUCGGUGUCAUUCAGCCAGUGGAAGAAAUUGGAAAGUUGUGUCGCGCAAACAGAGUCUUUUUCCACACCGAUGCUGCCCAGGCAGUAGGAAAGAUUCCCAUUGAUGUUAACAAGUGGAACGUCGAUCUCAUGUCCAUUUCCGGCCAUAAGAUCUACGGGCCCAAAGGUAUUGGAGCGUGCUAUGUCCGACGUCGUCCGCGUGUUCGUCUCGACCCUCUUAUCACUGGUGGUGGCCAAGAACGAGGUCUCCGAAGUGGUACUCUGGCGCCUCACCUCGUGGUUGGAUUAGGUGAAGCUUGCCGUAUUGCCAAAGCAGACAUGGCCUACGACACUGCACAUGUUCAGAGAUUGUCGAAGCGUUUAUUGGACGGCCUCUUGGCCAUGGAACACACCAACCAGAACGGAGACCCCGAGCGACACUACCCCGGUUGCGUUAACGUCUCCUUUGCCUACAUUGAGGGUGAAUCUCUUUUGAUGGCACUCAAAGACAUUGCCCUUUCCUCCGGUAGUGCCUGUACAUCUGCCUCGCUGGAGCCCAGCUACGUGUUGCGUGCCCUGGGUAACAGCGAUGAGAACGCCCAUAGCAGUAUUCGAUUCGGUAUUGGUCGCUUCACAACCGAGGCUGAGAUUGAUUACGUUUUGAAAGCCGUCACAGACCGUGUAUCGUUCCUGCGAGAGUUGAGUCCUCUGUGGGAAUUGGUACAAGAGGGUAUUGCUCUCGACACGAUUGAGUGGAGCCAGCAUUAG